AUGGAAGAGGAAGAGGAAACACGUGUGAGCAGUAGAUCGAGCAGUGCAGGGGACAGUUUAUAUGCGGCUCCUUUCCCACGAAGCACUAUUAUUAAUUGCAUAACAAAUACCACACAACGCAGUUGUAUUCCUACUGUUUAUGGCGCAGCAGCAGCAACAACAACAACGACAACUUACAAUGAGUACAAUAAAGCAUCACCUCUUCGUUGUGAGUCGUCAUGUAAAGAUAAGGAACCGCAAUCCGAGAGACGUCUUCCUGUAAAUUCUUUAAUGCAAGUUGGAAUGGAGGAACAACAACCCGUAUCUCAAGCCAGUAGCCCAGAUCGUCCUUAUUUGCGAUGUGCAAUGCCAUAUACUCCUUCACCCACAGUACAGGAGCAAUGCAGACGUAAAGGAAAAGUAACACUUUCUAGUCGUUGGAGGCCUUAUGCAAAUGGUGCUGUGCAUCGGUAUAAUGUGGCUUCCAGAAUGAUGCCACCGCGUGAUCCAAAUGAGGAACACCGUUUCAAUACUUUGGAGGAAAUGGCAAGAAGGCGGGCCAAUGAUUCAAAAGCUUACCGUCCAACAAAAAUUGCACUGCCAACACGAGGGCCGACAAAUUUGCCUUUGGUAGUGCGAGCAUUGGAGGAGGAUCCGAGGGAAGUGGCGGAUAAAGCUAAACAGGCAAUACAGGCGGAGGUUCCCGUUCCUUAUAAAAUAAUGGAAAAAAAACUGCUUUUCGAUGCUACUGUUGGUACGGUGAAACCUUAUGUGCUUGGUGACAUUAAUGCACAUAAGAGGCGGCGACUCAGACCAGGGAAGAAAGAUCUCUCGAUGCCGCAAUCUGCAUUAACGCAAGAUCCUUUAUUAGUUUUUGUAGAAACGAUGCGAUACCAACGUCCCGCGCUGGGCAUCUACUCUUUUCAAGUUUAA